AUGCCAGACACCUCUUCUUCUCAAGGGGAUCAAGUCGCCGGCCAAGAAAUUCGAGAUGGCACUCAAGCCGCCGCCUCCAAGGCCACUGCACACUCGCCCGCCCGCCAUCACCCACUCUCUCUGCGCCAAUCCACAUGCGAGAUUGCCUACGCCGAAGACGUGGAAAUUAAACGCAACGAGGCGAAUGAUGUGGCGAUCGUUGCGGAGAGGGUCGUCGUUAGGGUGGUGUCUGAUAAAAUAGACGGUUACGUGUUAACGCGGCCGAAUCCUCUCUUCGGUCUCGUGUUUCUGGCACCGAAAGCGGUGCGACUGACUUACCCAGAGCAGAAAGAAAAGAACCUAUCCAUGCUGAGGCCAUGA